AUGACGUCUUACGGUGUGGUGGAAAACCCUGAAAAGGUUGAUUACAAGGUUAAAUGUUGUUGUCAGACUACUGAUGGUGUGUACUUCCAGGUACCAAAGGACUUCUUCCGCCUAAAUGCUAAUUUGUUAAGAAGGAAGUUACUUGUUGCAGCACCAUUCAGUGUUCCGUUAAAUACAGAAGAUUUUAAACAGUUACUUGUUCUCAUGGAAGCUUCUAUUGUUUCUGCAGCUGCUGCUACAGUAGCUACUGAUGCUCCUGGAGGUGAAGAGAAGCAAAAGCCACAAUGGAUGAAGAAUCUGAAUAAACGCCAGCAGAAAUUUGUAGACGCUUGCCUUGGUAUAAGCACUUGGGAAGGGCGAGAUGUAUGCUUUUAUGAAGAAAAGUUACCGAAGGAGAAUGAUGUUGUUUGGGUAAAAAUUAUUCAAGUAAAUGAUACUUCUGCCGUUGUUCAACUUCUUGAGUAUGGUAAUCAUGAAGGUAUUAUUCCUUAUACUGAAAUUACGAGGUUACGUAUUCGUGCCAUUGGUAAGGUUAUUAAAGUAGGAAAGAGUGAAGCCGCCCAGGUUAUUCGUAUUGAUAAAGACAAAGGAUACAUUGAUUUAUCCAAAAAGCAAGUAACCCUUAAGGAAGCAAAAGAAUGUGAGGCACGUUUUUUUAAAGGUAAUGAAGUGAGAUCUAUUGUUUGUCAUGUUGCUGAUGAAUGUGGUAUUCCGGCAACUCAGGCGAUGGAAAUGAUUGCCUAUCCACUUUACCGUCGUGAAGCUGGAAAGCAUGCGUGGAAUUGGUUGCAGGAACUUAAUCAUACCCGUGAUAUUGAAGGAAUUCUUGGACCAUUAAAACUUCCAGAGAAGGUUCAACAAGUACUUCUUACCACUUUGGAACACAGCAUGCGAACAGAGAUUACCACAAUUCAUGCAGAUAUUGAAAUGACAUGCUUUCAAUGUGAUGGUGUUAAUGCUCUUCGAGAGGUUUUGCUCAUUGGACGAAAUUUUAAGCAAAAUGAAGAACCACAAAUUCCCAUUUCUGUUACAAUUGUUGGACCUCCAAAGUAUCGCCUGCGUGCGAAGACUGAGUUAAAGGAGGAAGGUAUUCUUCGAAUGAAGGAAGCUAUUGAAACAAUGAAGAUUGAGAUGGCUAAACGUGGAGGAAUACUUAAAGUGGUGUCUGGUCCCUACGCUCUUGGAGAAGAAGAACAUGCUAAAGAGGAGAGAAAUGACUAUCAGGACGAUGACGAUGAUGAUGAUGACGAAACGGAUUGA